CCGCCGGCCUGAGCCCGCCGGGACGAUGCUGCCGCUGCUGCCGCUGCUGCUGUUGGGCGCCCCGGGGCUGAGCCUGCCCUCGGGGGGACCCCCAGACCCCGACACCGCGCUGGUCACCCCUCUCCGCCUGGACCCCGACAUCAACGGGCCGGCUUAUUUCGGGGGGGGGCCGGCCGAGCCCCCCCGGGGAGGGCAGGCAGUGGUGAUCCAGCUCUCGGCUUUCGGGGAGGAUUUCUACCUCCACCUCUCCCCCGACGCCCGUUUCAUCGCGCCCUCCUUCGCCGCUCACUACUUGGGGGCGGCCGGCCGGCCCCUCCCCGCUCUCCGCCACUGCUUCUAUUCAGGGGAUGUCAACGCCGACCGCGAGUCCUUCGCCGCCCUCAGCCUUUGCGGGGGGCUCCGGGGGGCCUUCGGCUACCGGGGAGCCGAGUACCUCAUCAGCCCGCUGGCGGGGGGGGCGGCCGGAGGAGUCCAUCACCUGCAGCGCCGCAGCCCCGGCCGCCCCGUCGGGGCUGGAGCAUCCCGGUGCGCCGUGGGCUCCGGGCUCACACCUGGCGUGCUGCAGGCGCUCGACAAGUACCGAGGGCGUGCGGGGGGGAAAGGGGGUCGGGCCAAGCGCUUUGCCUCGGUGCCACGUUACGUGGAGACGUUGGUGGUGGCUGACGAGUCGAUGGUGAAGUUCCACGGGGAUGACCUCCAGCACUACCUGCUCACCCUCAUGGCCACUGCCGCCCGCCUCUACAAGCACCCCAGCAUCCGUAACCCCAUUCAGAUCUCCGUGGUCAAGUUCCUCCUCAUUGGGCAGGAUGACAAGGGGCCCAAGGUCACCAGCAACGCUGCCCUUACCCUCCGCAACUUCUGUGCCUGGCAGAAGAAGUGGAACAAGGUCAGCGACAAGCACCCCGAGUACUGGGACACCGCCAUCCUCUUCACCAAGCAGGACCUAUGUGGUGCCACCACCUGUGACACUCUGGGGAUGGCAGAUGUGGGCACCAUGUGUGACCCCAAGCGCAGCUGCUCCGUCAUCGAGGACGACGGGCUGCCCUCGGCUUUCACCACCGCCCAUGAGUUGGGCCACGUCUUCAACAUGCCCCAUGACAAUGUGAAGGCCUGUGAGGAGGUCUUUGGCCGGCUGAAGACCAACCACAUGAUGUCCCCCACCCUCAUCCAGAUCGACCGGGCCAACCCCUGGUCAGCCUGCAGUGCUGCCAUCAUCACUGACUUCCUUGACAGCGGCCACGGGGACUGCUUGCUGGACCAGCCCACCAAACCUAUCCCACUGCCCGAAGACCUGCCGGGGACAAGCUACAGCCUGAACCAGCAGUGUGAGCUGGCCUUCGGGGUGGGCUCCAAGCCCUGCCCCUACAUGCAGUACUGUGCCAAGCUCUGGUGCACGGGUAAGGCACGUGGGCAGAUCGUGUGCCAGACCCGGCACUUCCCCUGGGCCGACGGCACUGGCUGUGGCGAUGGGCGCUUCUGCCUGAAGGGAGCCUGCGUGGAGAGGCACAACAUCAGCAAGUACAGGGUGGACGGCGGCUGGGCCAAGUGGGCUCCCUACGGGCAGUGUUCCCGGACGUGCGGCGGUGGGGUGCAGCUGGCAAAGCGGGAAUGCACUGACCCAGUGCCGGCCAAUGGGGGCUCCUACUGCGAGGGAAUCCGCGUCAAGUACCGCUCCUGCAACCUGGAGCCCUGCCCUGCUGCAGUGCCAGGGAAGAGCUUCCGUGAGGAGCAAUGUGAGGCUUUCAAUGGCUACAGUCACAGCACCAACCGCCUCACUGCCUCUGUCUCCUGGGUCCCCAAAUACUCCGGAGUCUCACCCCGGGAUAAGUGCAAGCUCAUCUGCCGGGCUAAUGGCACCGGCUACUUCUACGUGCUGGCACCCAAGGUUGUGGAUGGUACCCCUUGCUCCCCGGACUCCACCUCAGUCUGUGUCCAGGGCAAAUGCAUCAAGGCGGGCUGUGACGGGAAGUUGGGCUCCAAGAAGAAGUUCGACAAAUGCAGUGUCUGUGGAGGAGACAACAAGAGCUGCAAGAAAGUCUCAGGCUUGUUCACCAAACCCAUGCAUGGGUACAACUUCGUGGUGGUCAUCCCUGCAGGUGCCUCCAACAUCGACAUCCGGCAGCGGGGUUACAAAGGGCUGAUCAGCGAUGACAACUACCUGGCUCUGAAGAAUGCGCAGGGCAAGUACCUCCUGAACGGCCACUUCAUUGUCUCGGCCGUGGAGAGGGACCUGAUGGUGAAGGGCAGCGUCCUGCGCUACAGCGGCACCGGCACCGCCGUUGAGAGCCUCCAAGCCUUCAAGCCCAUCCAGGAACCCCUGACUCUGGAGGUGCUCUCCGUGGGGAAGAUGACCCCUCCUCGGGUACGCUACUCCUUCUACCUCCCCAAGGAGAGCAAGGAGGACAAGGCCUCCUACAAGAAGGAGGGCAAGACCCCGCCAGACCUCAACAACAGUGUGCUCAGCCUGUCCAACCGCCUGGACGGCGGGAGACCGAGCUACAAACGUCCCUCCUACAAGUGGGCGGCGGGUGGUUGGGAAGCCUGUUCUGUCACCUGCGGCGAUGGGCUGCAGAAGCGCUCGGUGGCCUGUCGUGAUUCCUAUGGGCAACCGGCUGCUGAGUGUGACGUGGCGCAGAGACCCCCUGACGUCCGGCUCUGUGGGGAGCCCUGCCCGGCCUGGGAAGCUGGACCUUGGUCUCCCUGCUCCAAGAGCUGCGGCCGGGGCUUCAAGAGACGGGCGUUGAAAUGUUUGGUCCCGACCGGGCGCCUCCUACCCCGGGAGAGUUGCAAUUUUCGGAGGAAGCCGCAGGAGCUGGAUUUCUGCACCUUGAGGCCGUGCUGAGCAGGUCAAGGGGUGUCUGCGAGGAAGGGCGUGGUGUUCCUCUAGCUGGGUGCAGCUGAGCAGCAGCCAGGGGUUGGGAGAUGGGGAGAUGUCCACAGCACAUAGCAAAUGGGGGGAAAAGUAAGAAAAAACAGGGACAAAAAAGGGAGCUGGGUGUUGGGACACCCCACGCACCUGGGAGAGAGGGCUUUUGCCAACCAAGUCUCUCAGAGACAGAGCGGGAAUGAACAUCUACCUCGAAGCCACUGAUUGACAUGGAAACCACCAGUGGAGGCAAUGGGAGUUGGGGGGGACAGAUGGAAACGAGGAGCAUCAUCACUGCCAGAGAUGGAUCUAUGUACAGGCAGGGAGAUGCCCCUAAAUUGCACAGUUGAAGCCUCUCCCCACCUUCCCAGGGCCAAGCCUACCUCCCCUCUCCCCUGACUCCCCCAACACUCGUGCUAAGCGGGAUCAAAAGGAUUUUACCAAUGCAAUGACUGACAAGGUGCUGGGACUGAGGCCUCCAGGGCUCGCUGGUGGUGACUUUGUGGUCCCAGCAGCAUCCCCAGGCCAGGCUGGAAGGUGGUGGCUUUAUUUUUGUUCUCUCGUCAUGUUUAUGACCUGACCAGUGUAAAUUUUAUGGUGCUUAACUCUGUAUUCCUUUAACCUCCUUCCUCGUCUCCUGAUGGAUGUAAACCUUGCGUAGCAGGGCCGGUGUUAUUCCCAGUGGGAUCUCACCUGCCUGAGGGUUUUCUAAGGUGCUUUGGGAUGGGGCUCUGUGAGCAUCCGGAUGCUCCUUGAUACCCCAGUCCAGGGCAGUUUGUAACCUGCCCACCUGAAGGCUUUCAGGGUUAAAAGGGAUCACUGUGGACCUGAGGUUUGAGCUGUCAUUGUAAAAAAUCAACAAGCAACUGUACUGUAGUCCCACAGGGUCAGACACAGCCCCAGCAGUCACUGGUGCUUCAUUCCGCUCUGGAAAUGGUGCUUGAUGCUUAAUGAGACCAGUAUGCCAUGCCCAGACAUCCCACUGCCCUCUGACCUUUGGGCCAGGUUGGGAUGUUUUUCCUCUGUGUUAAGCCUCCCUGAGAUAUCCUGAGCUCUAGCAGAGCUGGGGUGACUGCCUGGCAUUGCUUUUGAGCUGCAGAAAGGGAAGAUUAAUUUGGGUUUCAGGCCCUCCUGGGGAAAAAGGGACUCAGUAGAGUUCAGGAGUGCAGGAAAAGAGGGAAUGUUGAGCCUCUUGCUGCUGCAAAGCAUCUACAACCAGUUUCUCACUCCAGAGUCUUGUGCAAGUGGUUAUUCUGUACCUCUGGUGGUUAUAUAGUGUUGUGCCCAUUGUGGUCAGAGGCUGUUUUACCUCCCUCCAAAAACUGUUUAACCAUUAUUUAAGUCUCUUGCUAAGAUGAAACAAGCAGGGACCAUUUAAUUUUUUGCUUCAUCGCUGAUGAAGGUGCUUCUUAAUUAAAUUAGCUGUGACUGGGAGCAAGCCAGAGCAUCUGGGUUGACCUACACAGUUUUGGGAUCAUCAGAAAGGGAUUUUAUGGAUGAGACACAGAUUUUGGGUAGGCAGAAGAUGCUGUCUCAGCAGGUAAAGGCUUGGAGCUUACCUUGCUUGCUCAGUCCCAUUGAGAUACAGCAUGGAAAUGCCCCUUGGUUGGCUCCCAAAGGUCUCCAGCUGUGGGCAAGAUAAGAAGGAUGACAACAAUCAGGAUAGUGGUGCCAUGAAGGUUCCCUUGCCAGAUCUUUCCACUGGCUUCGCAAACUGCACACGACAAUGUUUGUGGGCUCAUCCUCCCUGGAUUGAUGUAAUUCCUUUUUCAACACAAUAAUAUUUUGUGUCUCCACACUGCUCCACAGAGCCAGGAGCAGAUGUUGUGGUUGCUCUGCACAGCAGGGAAGAGGAUUUAACAUUUUUAGGAAAUCCCUCCCAGGUCUCCAUUCCCGUGAACAUACCAUCCAUUUUUGGAGGAUUUUCCCGCCGAGCCUGCCAUGCUUUCCUUUGGGGACAGAGCUCUGAGGAGCUGCACUUUAGUGUCUUGCCAUCCCACAGCUGGUUUCCAAGCCACCAAGCAAUUGUCACCCUUGAUCCCGGGGAGGGCAGGAAUUCCUUGUGUGAGGUUCUUUUGCUGAGAGUGCAGUAAAAGGACAGAGAUGCCAAUGGAACUGGCUGCUUUGUGUAUACCAUGUAUACUGAACCUUGAUCUCUGCUGUUUGUGCAUCAAUAGCAACCUGAAAUAAAACUGUAUUUAAAAUUA